AUGGCGACGCACGACCUGUUCUUUUAUGGCACUUUGGUAGGCUCCAAGGCUUGUUUAACUGUGGAAUGAACCGACUGAACCCACAUGUGCUGCAUUGUCGCAGGUACACCCCAAGAUCCUGGCACGGGUGACGGGUCAUUCAGGGGCCAGUUUGACCACGUGCGACGCCCUUCUGCCCAACCAUACACGACAUCACGUUAUCGGAGAAGGUAUGCUACCAGCCACUGAUUACUCUAUAGUGUUCAAACUCAGCCACGCCUGAUCAUGCCUUCACAGACUAUCCCGCUGUUGUCUCGCUAUCGUUAGGCCGCGCUAUCAUCGGUCGUGAACUGACAGCCGAAGACAGCCGCGUACAAGGCAGUCUUGUCAGAGGAUUGACGGACCAAGACAUUGCCUACCUCGACGAGUUUGAAGGCGACGUGAGUGCUGUUCUCACUCCUUAGCUCAAGCUCCUUCAUCGUGUGCGCCGGACGUGGCCCCCCACGCCCCCCACAUUCCUCGGGUCCAAUCCGCGGGCAUCGGCUUGACUCACCGCUCCCCGCUUUUUCCUCCUCUCUUGCCAUUUGCUCUCUCUCUCCUUGACUCAUCGCUCUUGCCCACUUUGACUAGGAAUACGUUCGAACCCAGGUCCAAGUCGUACCUUCUCUCGAUCCUUCCGUCACCCCCGUCACCGCCGAAACCUACAUCUGGAUCGCCCCCGCCUCGCGCCUCACCCCAUCCCUGUGGAAUUUCCAGGACUUUUUGCAACAAUCGGCGCAUCGCUGGGUCGGUGAAACUGGAAAGAGCAACGAGUACUACGGCGAAGUCGAUAGGCGAAGAGCCAUGGGCGGUCAUAUUACGCCUAAAGAGACGGAAGGCCAUGAGUAUGAGCAGUUUGGGACAGCGUUUGGGAAGAAAUGGUGGAACUUCCAGGAGGGGUAUCUGAACCUCAACCACGGUGCGUGAAUGUCCGUUCGCAUAUCUCACCCCUCGCGCGCUGAGUUAUUGUCCCGCACAGGCUCCUACGGUGUGGCUCCUCGGCCCGUCGUUGACUCAUUUCGAGCGUACCAGGACGAAUCCAACUCAAACCCGGACCGCUUCAUGAGGAUGACUUAUACGCCGGAGCUCUUCCGAUUGCGCGGACGAUUGAGCGAGCUCAUCAACUGCGAUACCUCGGACAUCGUCAUGUGAGCUUGCUGGUCCCCUGUUCCCGAUGCCCAACGUUGCCGGAAGCUGAUCAGCUUUGCGCCGAGAUGCUCAGGGUCGCGAAUGCAACGUCCGGCGUCAACACCGUCCUGCGUAGCUUGACGACGCAAUGGCAAAAGGGUGACAAACUACUUUACUUUAGCACGACCAUGUACGUACACGCUACCGUUCGCGAAGCCCAUAAUCUGCUCCCUGUGCUGAUCCUCGCGGUCGCUCGGUUCCCGUUUCAAGCUACAACGCUUGCUCGGCUUCCCUCCAAUGGAUCGUCGAUUCUCACCCUCACUUGUCCCUCUCCCUCCUCCCCGUCCCCGUGGCGUAUCCCCUCUCCCACGCCUCGCUCAUCUCGACCCUCAAAUCGACCAUCGCCACCGCCAACAAAGAAGGUGGAGGCAAGAUCCGUCUUGCGCUCUUCGACGCCAUCUCCUCCAACCCUGGUGUCGUCGUGCCCUGGCGAGAAAUCGUCUCCGUCUGCCAAAAGGAAGGUAUCCUCAGUUUGGUCGAUGCGGCCCAUGAGAUCGGGCAAAUGCCCGUUGAUUUGAGGACCGCGAAACCGGACUUCUGGGUCUCGAAUUGUCACAAAUGGUUGAUGUGCCAUCGCGGCGCAGCGGUACUCUACGUUGAUAAGAAGUAAGGUUGCCCCGCUCAUAUCGUCGUUGUCCCUGGUGAUAUUGAAGGACUGACUCUUGAAUGCGUUGGAUGAUGCAGACACCAACCUCUGAUUCACUCGAUCCCAACAGGGCACUACUACCGCACCUCUCCCAUAACCCCACAAGAUUUCCAAAACGAAUUUGAUUGGAACGGAACCAUAGACUGCUCCGCUUUUUUAUCCGUACACGCCGUCUUGGAUUUCCGACGCAAUAUUUGUGGAGGCGAGGAACGUAUUACGAAGUAUUGUCAUCAGUUAGCGGUGGAGGCGGGUAAGGUCGUCGCAAAGGGUUUGGGUACGGAGGUGAUGCAGAACCAGGAUCUGGAGAAGGACGGAGAUUUGAUUGCGAACAUGGUGAGUUCUGCUUUGGAACUCGCGUCGGUUUCUCACAUUAAGCAACCCGACAACUUGUCUCUACAGGUCAACGUCCGCCUCCCUCUCAACGCUUCGACCGAUUCCAGUCUCACCGAUUCGGAGCACCACGCUUUGUUGAUCAAGAAGUUGACGUGGCUCCAUCAACAACAAUUCGCCGAUGGGUUCACUUUCGUCCCUGCAUUCAUGUCAGUCUUGCGCUUGCUCAAAGAGCAACGUAGUGGUGUCUGUCACGAGCUGACCCCUCUCAUCGACCCGGCACCAACAGCCACGACAAGAAACCGUGGAUCCGCCUCUCGGCUCAAGUUUAUAACGGGCUGUCCGAAUUCGAAGCGAUCGUCCCUCUGCUCAAGGGCUUGUGCGAGCGCGUCAAUAAAGGUGAUUGGGAGGAGAAGGAUCCUGAAGAAGUAGCGAAAGAGGAAGGGGUUGACUUGGUGAAGGAAUGA